AUGUGCUUCUUUCUUCUUCUUUUUUUUCUGCAGUCGUACUUUGUUACAGAUUAUGAUCCCACAAUUGAAGACUCCUACACAAAACAAUGUGUAAUAGAUGAAAGAGCAGCAAGAUUAGACAUUCUAGAUACAGCAGGCCAAGAAGAGUUUGGAGCUAUGCGGGAACAAUAUAUGAGGACUGGGGAAGGCUUUCUGCUUGUCUUUUCAGUCACAGACAGAGGAAGUUUUGAAGAAAUUUAUAAAUUUCAAAGACAAAUUCUUAGAGUAAAAGAUCGCGAUGAGUUCCCUAUGAUUCUAGUUGGAAACAAAGCUGACCUGGACCAUCAGAGACAGGUAACACAGGAGGAAGGUCAGCAACUAGCACGGCAAUUGAAAGUAACCUAUAUGGAAGCUUCAGCAAAAAUACGACUCAACGUAGAUCAAGCUUUUCAUGAACUUGUUCGGGUUAUAAGGAAAUUUCAAGAACAAGAAUGUCCUCCUUCCCCAGAGCCAACGAGGAAGGAGAAGGACAAGAAAGGGUGCCACUGUGUCAUCGUCUAAAAAUCCUUUAAAACAAGCUAUCGACUGCCAGAUUAAUUCUCCUCACUUUUCUUCCUGUGUAUCUUGAUGUUUUGUCUUGCUUUACGUGUGCAUGUUGUAUAAAUGGUCACCAAAAUAGCCUUAGUUGGAAAGAAUCAGACUGGUCCAGACCUAGAAGACACCUUAGUCAUCUCACAUCAGAGGUCAAUACACUAAGGCUUCUUUUAAUACUCCCAAAUUCUUUUUCCCUUGAGUCAAGAAACUUGCACUUUGUGGAGUUUUAUUCACAAUGGACAAAAAAGUAGUUUUAGGAGUCUAUUGAGGUCAAGCUUAAAAUGGCUGUAUGGGUAUUCUCCCCCCUUCCCCCGUGAGAUCUUUGUUGAUCAUACUCAAGAGAGAGAGAGAGUUCUCUAAUCAAUAUGUAGAGUAUUUUUUUAAAGAGUAGAUUUGGAGGUUUUACCCUUUGAUUAGAUUAGACAACAAAAUUCAGCCUGCCUUAUAGGAAGCCAAUACACUGAAUUUCAUUGGCAAAGUUUUGUGUUACAGCUCUUGUUUAUGCUGCAGUUUUUUCCCAGUGCUCAACUGUCUACUGUAUUUAUUUUAUGGCUCCAGCAAUAGCUACAGGAUUAUUAGUAUUACAGCUUUAUGGCCAAAUACCUGGGCUCAUUAUGGACUGGAGCAUUUUAGUUUUAAAUAAUGUUACAUCAUGGUUUGGAAUAAAAUUGUGUCUUCCUUUUGUAUUUCCAGGUAAGAGAUUCCAGAAAAGUUAAUCUGUAGCUUUUGUUUUUCAUGUAAUAUAAAAAGAGGAUUUUGCUCUUUCCAUUGUCAGAUGAUUAAAUGUUUUUUGCUAUAUACUUUUAUACAUUAUUUUCUUAUCAAACUAGUUAACAAGUAUUUUUAUAUGUUUGUAAGCAAAUAUGCUUUCACGGCAUAAGUUGUGUAUAUGUAAAGAUGAGUAUUUAAUUCUCACAGUAUACUUUCAACUGAUGGAACUACAUAAUGCAAGAUUUGUAGAACUGUGGCAGAACUCUUUCUUGUUCCAGCUUUACUGAAUGAUGGCAAGCCGAUGUCUGCCCAAUAUACAGUAUCCAUUAUCGUAUCAUGUUUUUCAAAAAACCUUCCGUAUGCUCCACAAAUGACUGACCAUUAUAUAACUAUUAAACUGUACAAAUGUUUAACUGAAUGUUCAGUUCAGUGGGCGAUAUCCAACUUUAAAGUAUGCUAAAUAUGGUUAAGAAUUUUGGGUUUACUCUGUGGGAUUUACAUACUUAGUGGGAUUGAUAAUUUGCCAUUUUCUGAUAUUGUAAAAGAGUGCCAUACUGAUUAUUUUACAAAGUUUGAUUAUUUGAUUAUUCAGUAUAUUCUUAAGUAACAUUAAACUGAAUUUAAGGCAAUAAUUGACAGAUCCACAAUGGAGAGGUGAAAAAGACCUCAAAUAACCAUUUUCAGGCUGAAAUUCCUUAAAAAUCAGAAUGUUCCAAAUUCACCUAAUGAAAACUGAGCAGAGUUGCUUUAUAAUCUAAAUUACGUUGUCAGUAUAUACUAAACAAAUUAUUGAAACAGAACUUGAGCAUAAAAUAUUUUAGAACUGCACAUACAUUCACAGCACAAUAGGAGAUGGAGGCCAUAGUUCUCCUUAAUACAGCUCCUGGUACUGUAGUUAUAUAUUUAUAAAAUAAAUAAAACCUUCAUUCCCUGUGACAAUGGGGACACAUUCAUAUAAUUUGGGCAACAAUGUGGAAAUGAUGUGCCACUGCAGCUUCCUGAGAUUUCCAGACAAAAAUGCAACUCUAUUUAAUUUCCUGGUAGUCUUUCCUACUAGGACUAACUAGAUUUGAUGCUGUUUAACUUUUUGAAAGCAGCUAAUGUCAGCCAAGUGAGUACAUGUAAGCUGUCAUUUGCAAAACAAAGUUAACUGGAGCAAGCAGGAUGAAUAACACAAUUUAGAUACAUUUGCUCUUUUUGUAGAAGAAGAGCAACAUUAGUGGAGAGUGGCAAAAAAAAAAUCAGGAAACUUUUAUCUCUACCAGAUUCCCAGUGUUGUGCUCUUCCUUGAUGAGUAACUGAUUGAUGUAUACAUUAAAGUGCACAAUUAUAUUGAA